AUGUGGGCUAUCGGACCAUCGGGUUUACAGUUGUCCACAAAACCAUUUAAACGAGUAGCGGGGGCACCUGAUGGCGGUGUCCCCAUGAAAAAACAGCAGCCAUCAUCGUCAGCGUGUCCAGUUAUUAUCAAAGUUCGUAUUAAUAACACGCCGCAAACAGCCAUUGUCGAUACGGGCGCCGCCACAACAAGUAGCACAGUGGAACCAUGCUAA